CGUCCUGUAGCCCUGCCUGGCGAUCCCGGAAGUAUCAGUUUCAGGCUGAUACACAACUAUUUUUCCUUAGAGAGGAUACUUCUUGCUGUCACCUGCGAGCCAGGAGGAACGCGUGGUCUUGCUUUUAAAGUGAAAGUACCUUGACCAAACCCAGUAUUCUGUUUAUUUUUCUUUCAAACCAAGGAAUCUAGAUUUCAAACUUUUUUUUUUUUUUUUUUUUUUAAGACGAACGCUACCUUUGGGUUUUCGGCUUGGAGAAGUAAGUGCGAGUAUCUGCUCUAUGCUAACAAGAGCGUCCCAUGGCCAAGAGAGUGGCGGUGAUUGGAGCCGGGGUGAGCGGCCUGUCCUCCAUCAAAUGCUGCUUGGAUGAGGACCUGGAGCCCACCUGCUUUGAGAGAAGCGACGACUUCGGGGGACUGUGGAAGUUUACUGAAGAUUCCAAGGAUGGGAUGACCAGGGUCUACAGAUCCUUAGUGACAAAUGUGUGCAAGGAAAUGUCAAGUUAUAGUGACUUUCCAUUCCAAGAAGAUUAUCCCAAUUUCAUGAGCCAUGAGAAAUUUUGGGACUAUCUCCAAGAAUUUGUUGAGCACUUCAAUCUCCUCAAAUACAUUCGGUUUAAGACUACUGUGCGCAGCGUGACAAAGUGUCCAGACUUCUCGGAAACUGGGCGGUGGGCUGUUGUCACAGAGACAGAGGGCAAGCAGGCCAGAGCUGUCUUUGAUGCUGUCAUGGUUUGCACUGGCCAUUUCCUGAGUCCCCACUUACCUUUGGAGUCCUUCCCCGGAAUCCAUAAGUUUAAAGGGCAGAUCCUGCACAGUCAAGAGUACAGGACCCCGGAAGCCUUUCGGGGCAAACGUGUCUUGGUGAUUGGCCUUGGCAACACAGGAGGAGACAUCGCAGUGGAGCUCAGUCGAACAGCAGCUCAGGUAUCUCUUAGUACUAGAACUGGCACCUGGGUCCAUGGCCGCUCUUCAGAUGGGGGCUACCCUCUUAAUAUGAUGACAACAAGAAGAUGCAGUAAUUUGUUUGCUCAAGUUAUGCCUGCAUGCCUCCUAAACUGGAUACAAGAGAGACAUAUGAAUAAAAGAUUUAACCAUGAGAAUUAUGGAUUAAGUAUUACAAAGGGGAAAAAGAAGAAAGUUAUUGUGAAUGACGAGUUGCCAACCUGCAUCCUCUGUGGGACAGUCACUGUGAAAACCAGCGUGAAGGAGUUUACAGAGACCUCUGCUGUCUUUGAGGACGGGACAGUGGAAGCAAAUGUCGAUAUUGUGAUCUUCGCUACAGGAUAUACAUUUUCUUUUCCCUUUCUUGAAGAACCUCUCAAAAGUCUUUGUACAAAAAAGAUGUUCCUGUACAAGCGGGUCUUUCCCCCAACUCUGGAAAAACCAACCUUAGCCAUCAUUGGCCUUAUCAGCCUUACUGGGUCCAUCUUAGCAGGUACAGAGCUCCAAGCACGAUGGGCCACAAGAGUCUUCAAAGGGCUCUGUAAGAUACCGCCAUCCCACAAACUGAUGGCCGAGGCGGCUAGAAAGGAGCAGCUCAUUAAAAGGGGUGUGAUUAAAGACACGAGUCAAGACAAACUCAACUACAUCUGCUACAUGGAUGAACUGGCUGCAUGCAUAGGCGCAAAGCCCAACGUCCCAUUUCUGCUCCUCAAGGAUCCCAGACUAGCCUGGGAAGUGUUCUUUGGGCCAUGUACCCCUUACCAGUACCGCCUAGUGGGCCCUGGAAGAUGGGAUGGGGCCAGAAACGCCAUCCUGACCCAGUGGGACAGGACUCUGAAACCUUUAAAAACUCGAAUUGUUGCCAAUUCUCCCAAGCCUGCCUCCAUGUCACGUUACUUGAAAGUCUUGGGGGCACCUAUCCUACUUGCCUCUCUGCUACUUCUCUGUAAAUCUUCACUUUUUAAAUGUGGGCGAGAUUAACUCCAAGAUAGAAAUUUGCUGUACUACACAGUCUUUUACCUUUUGAAAUACAGAUGUGAAUUCUCAGCUAA